AUGUAUUUGUUUAUUCACAGGUUCGAUAAUUAUGCAGGGAAUAUAGAAUGCGAUGGUGUUCGAGCUAGUUUAACGCUUUGGGAUACUGCUGGGCAAGAGGAUUAUGAACGGUUACGACCACUUUCAUAUCCUGGUACUGAUGUGUUUCUUCUAUGCUUCAGUGUUGAUAAACAAGCAUCAUAUGACAAUAUUAUCACCAAGUGGCACCCUGAAAUUAGACACCACUGUCCUCAAACUCCAUAUAUCCUUGUUGGAACCAAGACAGACUUACGAAACAGCAAAGAUCUUCCAGAGGGUAUACAUUUAGUGUCAAAAAAUAUGGGACGUAAAAUGGCUACAAAGAUUAAAGCAGAGAAAUAUGUUGAGUGUUCAGCAAAAACUAUGGAAGGAAUAAAUGAGGUUUUUCAAGAAGCAGUGCGGGCUGUUUUGAAUCCAAAGUCAAAUUUAGGGAUUCGUGUUCCCAGAAACUGUAGUCUUUUGUAAACCUGUAAAGUAAUCAGUUUGAGGAUGUAUUUGUAUGUGUGUGUUUAUAUAUAUAUAUAUAUAUAUAUAUACACAUAUAUAUG